UUCCCAUUUAGUUGCUGGAGCAUCUUGCGAUGUUCAGACGUUUUCAGUUCAGUGUCACUACGCAGUUGUUCUCUAUCUUUGUCAAGCAAAAGUGAUGUGCCUCAGACAAGUUAGAGAGUAAGCAAGUCUCCCACGUCUGGUUGACUUGCUUUAUACCACAAUCCGCAUGUUUCAGAUUUUAUGUUCUGCAGUUUACAGAUCUGAAUCCUAGUGGAUAAUGCAAAGUUCCUUUUGGCCAAGGAUCGUAUGACCACUUUGACUUUGGCUCUGACAUCCUUGGUGGUCUAUCAUCACCUAUAAAUUUCAUCCAGAUCCAGCCCUGCAACAGCAAUUCGCACUCACAGUUGAUAACAUAGCGCACACUCAAGAAUGGCGGGACUGUAUGAGAAACCGUCGGAGACGUACGUGAAGAAGCGGCCGCGGUACCCCAAGGAGUGGUUCUCCAUGCUCGCCUCCCUCACCGCCGGCCACCACCGAGCCUGGGACGCCGGCUGCGGCAGCGGCCAGGCUUCCGUCAGCAUCGCGGAGCACUACGACAGCGUGGUGGCGACGGACGUGAGCGAGGGCCAGCUCCGGCACGCCAUCGCGGACCCUAAGGUGCGGUACCUGCACACCCCGGUGGACCUGUCGGAGGACGAGCUCGUGGCCCUGGUCGGCGGCGAGGGCUCGCUGGACCUCGUCAUCGUGGCGACCUCGAUCCACUGGUUCGACGUCCCGCUCUUCUACGCCGUGGUGAACCGCGUCCUCAAGAAGCCCGGCGGCGUCCUCGCCGUGUGGGGCUACAGCUACGACAUCCACCCGUUCGGGGACAAGCUGCAGGGGACGCUGUACGGUGCCAUGCGGCCGUUCAUGGACCCGAGGACGAGGCUGGCCAUGGAGCGGUACCGCGAGCUGCCGUUCCCGUUCGAGCCCGUCGGGGUGGGCCGCGAGGGCGAGCCGGCCGACGUCGACAUGGAGGUGGACAUGACGCUGGAGGACCUGGCCGGGUUCGUGAUGACCGGCUCCGUCGCGACGACGGCGAGGGAGAGAGGGGUGGACCUGGCGGCGCUGGUGAAGGAUGUCAUGAAGGAGGUGGAGGAGGAGUGGGGAGAUAAGCCGACGGUGUCCAGGAAGCUUGUGUUCAAGGCCUUCAUGCUGGCAGGGAAGCCCAAGUGAAGUGAUGAACUCGAACUGAACUGCCAGUUGGUGUAUUGUGGUAGUACGUGUUGUUUAUUUCUUGGGAUCAGAAUUAGAACUGCCAGUCAGUGGUUUGUUUGCUUUGGAUGAGAAUCAGAAUAUCUGAAAUUCGCAGA